CCCCUUAUAUAGACCACGGCCACCUCCCCCUUCCACGUCCACAACAACAAGAAGAAGGAGAAGCCGUGGGGGGAAGCACGGGAGGAGGAGAGAGAGGUGAUAGAGAUGGGCAACAGCCUUCGGUGCUGCUUGGCGUGCGUCCUGCCGUGCGGCGCCCUCGACGUGGUUCGCGUGGUGCACCUGAGUGGCCAAGUGGAGGAGUACAGCCGCCACGUCACCGCCGGGGAGAUCCUGGCGGCCAACCCCGACCACGUCCUCAGCAAGCCAUGCAGCUCGCAGGGCGUGGUCCGCCGGAUCCUGAUCGUCUCGCCCGAGUCGGAGCUGAAGCGGGGCGACAUCUACUUCCUCAUCCCCACCUCGACGUUGCCCGACCAGAAGAAGAGCAGCGACGACAAGAGGAAGAAGCAUGCCGGGAACACACGCACGACAGAGAUCCUCGCGGAGAAGAAGCAGCCGAGCCAUCGUCGCCAUAGGAGCGGCCGGGUCGGGGUAUGGCGGCCGCACCUGGAGAGAAUCUGCGAAGACUCAUGAAGCUAGCAGCAGCAGCAGCAGCAGCAGCAGCACAGACUCGUGUAACCAUCCGUUCCUCCAUCCUCCAUGGAGAAGAGCAAAUCUGUAGAACUUGUAGACCUUUUUAACGAUGAUCUUCUCAUCUAAUAAAGAGAAUGAUCAGCUCGUUCAGAAUCGUUGUUCACGAGGGAUCAGCCAUGCAAUCGAUCGACAACCUGUAACUCCACAUUUGUCUUGCUCCA